AUGUUACUGGUGGUGACCGCAGCCGCGGUGAUGACGAUAUCGCUGCCGUUGCUGUUGCCGGUGACCGGGAUCGGGCUGCCGGUGUCCCGCUUGACGUACAUCGUUAGCGGGGCGCACCUACAGUGGACGAGGCCCGGCGAUCGGUUGGCGGCCACCGAGUCGGGCGAGUACGUGGCCCGUAACGUGGCGCCCGCCCGGAUGGCGAUGAGACACGAUGGCGUCAUCUACCUGGCCAUGCCCAGGCUCAGGCGAGGCGUACCGUUCACGCUCGGCGCCGUUGAGUACGACCCGUGCGUAAGCACCAUCGAGCCGCCCGUGUCGCCGUACCCGUGCGCCGACGCCCACAGGAACGCCGCGCGGCCCGGCUCCGGUAACGGUAACUGGACCAUGGUCAACGUGGUGGACGUGCACUUGGACGAUGGAGGCGUGCUGUGGGCGCUGGACAUCGGUAUGGUCAACCUGCUCGAGGACGGAGGGGCAGUCGUCGUCCGGCCGCCGAUGGUGUUCGCAUUCGACACAGACACCAACGAUGUGAGUACGGCAAUACUGCAAUAA